CGGGGCGAAAGCGGGCUCUCGCCUGACCAACCUUCUUUUCGCCGAGAUCUGCAAUGUCAAUUUUCAGAUAAUCCCCGAACCUGAUGUGGACGACCUUUGCUUGAGUGGCCAUGCCUCGAUCCCCGGACAGCAACGCGCUGGCCCUCAAGCGCAAGCUACAACAAGCUGACUCCCACUCCGAACCCACCUCCAAACGCCACCACCUUCAAGGGUACGACCCCAAGGCACCAUGGCUACACGAGACGAAGCCGAUCAACGGCUGGCGCACCCUGGGCAACCCGGCCGUCUACAACUCGCUACCGCUAGCGAACAUGGUCUCUGCGGUGCAGGACCUGAUCGACCCGGAUUUUGAUCCGCUGACGGCGAUUCUGGACGACGAGCCUCGCUUCCUGAAACCUCUGCCUGACCGCAUUGCGCCCGAGGAUUUGGAGUUUUUACGUUUUCGUGGGGCGUUGUCGAUUCCCGAGACUGGAUUACGGAAUGAGCUGUUGAGGUCGUAUAUUCAGUGGGUGCAUAGUUUUAUGCCCGUGCUCAACUUGCAGGAGUUUUUGAGAUGUGUCGCGGAGAACGAUCCCGGGGGAAAUGUGAGCGUGCUGCUUUUUCAGGCGGUCAUGUUUGUUGGCACGGCUUUUAUCGAUAUUAAACACUUGCGGGAUGCGGGUUACUCGACCAGGAAGAGUGCGCGCAAUGCGUUUUAUACCCGGUUAAGGUUGCUCUACUCUCUUGACUGCGAGGAGGAUCGUAUCGUCAUUCUGCAAACAUUACUGUUGAUGACAUACUGGUCUGACCCUGAGAACUGCCUGCAUCGAGAUAUUUGGGACUGGAUAGGUAUCUGCAACACUCAAGCACAUUCGAUUGGACUCAACAAGGACCCGUCAACCGGCGACAUGGACCCAAAGAUGCGCCGACUGCGUAUGCGAAUUUGGUGGUGCAUAUACUCACGCGACCGACUCAUCGCCAUGGGCAUGCGACGUCCACUGCAGGUGAACGAGGGUACUAGUAACGUACCGAUGCUUAAACUGGAAGAUUUCGAUUUCGAGCCAUACUCGCCAUCUGUAGUGGCUCUGUUUCACUGUCGGCAGCUCGAGGAUUUGUCACACCAAAAGCGUCUUGCGACCAUGUUUAUUGAAAAAGCGAAGCUCUGCCAGUGUAUUGGCAGGGUCCUUUUCGCGCAAUAUGCUCCUUCCCAACGUCAAUUUGGAGCCACAGACCGCACUACGGUCACUUUGAUUCCUCGGCAGGCCUCGGAGUCGGAGUUCACGCGGUGUAGCCAAAAGCUUGAUUCUUGGUUGAGUGCACUUCCCAAGGACGCUCAGUUCAUACCAGCAUCGCGAAACAACUUCCGUGAUGGCGAGGAUGUCUUGCUUUUGCAUGGAGCUAUGCUGCGCUUGCUCUAUCACGCGACCACCAGUGCCCUUCAUCGGCCUUGGGCUAUGGACUCGAAAGACCAGUCCAAGUCACGCCUUGAAUGGCGAAAUGUGGCCCGAACCAAGAUGCAAGAUGCAGCUACGGGCAUCACACAUAUUCUCCAGGGCCUCAACCAGCUCAAUCUCACGCGUUUCCUACCGCAAUCAGGCGUCACGGUCAUACUCCCAGCUGCAGUAGCGCAUCUAUCCAACUCCAUGUCCGACAACCCAGCCGUCCGCGAAAACAGCAUCUCUAACUUCCACCGUUGUAUACAAGUCCUCCACUGCCUGAAGGACAUCUAUCCAGCUGCCGCAGUUGAGUUUGCGAAUCUCGAAGCUGCAAUCAAGAUGCAGACGGGUAGUUGCAACUCCAAUACAUUCUUCCAGAUUAUGCAAUACGACUUUGACACCGCCACGGCCCCAGCGUACAUCGAUGUUGGGAAACCGAGUAGCGCGGACUCGAUCACGACCACCCAUUCCCUCCGCCAUAUGGAAGACAAACCCGCGGGUGAUUCCGAUACUCCUUCCUCUCGUGCACGAGCUGCAUCUACCAAUAUCAACAGCAAUGCCAACGGGUCACACCACAACCAUCAACACAACCUUAAUACCACAUCUCCCUCACACAACAAGAACACCUCACAAAACACGCGCCGCCCCUUUCCGAACGACUUUGACGACCACUUCGCCGUCUCCAACAAUCCAAUCCCCGCCUCAGACGAGAACCCACUUUCAUUCCUCACAUUCGACUUUGACUCCUUCCCUGGCCUCUCCUCCCCUCCCUCAAACACAUCCCCCUUCGCAAACCCUAACUCCAACUCCAAAGGCCAUUCUCAUCACAUCCCAAGCGCAAAAGAAAUCACCACAGACCUCGAUGCCAUAGACUGGACCCAAGCUCUCUUCCGAAACACAUCCCUCCCAGACCUCGAUAAGCCCUCCGCAAAUAUUUUCACCACCAGCGGUCCUAGCCCUGGCUCUGGCUCUGGUCCGCACCGCACGCAAAGCCUAGCAGAGCAGAUCGGCGAGUCGGAGGCGGAACAUGAUCCUUUUGCAUUUACUUUGAAGGAUGGUGAUGAUUCGGGGCCGCAGUUUAGGCAUCAUUCUACUGGGCAUGGGCACGGGCACGGGCAUGGGCAUGGGGAUAUUACGGGGGAUUUGGAUAGGGAUCUUGGGUUUCAGACUGGAGAUGAGGAGUUUUAGGAGGAAUUAUUAGGAGGCAUGUUUUCUCAUUUUGAUCUUGCGAUCUUGAUUUCGUGUAUUUAUUUGGAAGGGACUUGAGAGGAUAUAUAGGAUAUGAUGUGUAUAUAAUUUGGGAAUAUGGAUUGGAUAUGGGACGCAGCCUUAUGGGCAUGAAACUGAAAGUAUUCGCGUUACUGAUUGGAAAGGUUCUUUUGCAUAUUUACACACUCCCAGUGGAAGAUAAAAAUGUAUCACAUU